ACUUCAGCAGCCACGCCUAAAUUUCUCCCCUAUAAAGGGUAUCCCCCUUUUCUCCGCCUGAGCACAUACAGUAACAUUUCCUGUAUACAUUGUACAGUUAGUGCAAUAUCUUUUCAUAUUCUGAUCAGUCGACGAUAAAUAAGUGCAUUUGUUGAUUAUGGUUGUGCUUACUGUUUGCUACAUACCUUUAUUGAAAAAAUAAUGUUAAUCGUAGUGGAUUUAAAACUUAAAUAACCUACUUGUACCUUUUCUUCGUAUAUGGUAUACAUUUUCGGCAUGAUUACGGUGUUACAUUCUGUCGCGAUACAACGCUUGCUGGAUUGAAAUUUAGCUACACUUCGGGUUUGUCGCGAAUACAUUUAAAGACGCCACGCAAUCAGAUUAAUUUAUUUUGUACCGUUAAAUUGGAUCGUUGUGUGUGUAAAAAUGUCUAGUGAAAGCGUAAAAACGUUUGCUAGUCUUGAAACUCCUGGAUAUGUAGGAUUUGCCAAUUUACCUAAUCAAGUUCAUAGAAAAUCUGUCAAAAAAGGUUUUGAGUUUACGCUUAUGGUGGUUGGAGAAUCUGGUCUAGGAAAAUCUACAUUAGUAAAUAGCCUGUUUCUUACCGAUUUAUAUCCAGAACGUGUAAUCCCUGAUGCUAUAGAAAAAACCAAUCAAACUGUUAAGCUAGAUGCUUCAACUGUGGAAAUUGAAGAAAGAGGUGUGAAGCUUAGAUUAACCGUUGUCGAUACUCCUGGUUAUGGAGAUGCAAUUGAUAAUACAGACAGUUUUAGAGCUAUUAUACAAUAUAUAGAUGAUCAAUUUGAAAGAUUUUUGCGUGAUGAAAGUGGUUUAAAUAGGAGAAACAUAGUAGACAAUAGAAUACACUGUUGUUUUUAUUUUAUCUCACCAUUUGGUCAUGGAUUAAAACCUUUAGAUAUAGAAUUUAUGAAACAGCUUCAUAAUAAAGUAAAUAUCGUACCAGUGAUUGCAAAGGCUGAUGUACUUACCAAAAAAGAAGUAUUGCGCUUGAAGAAACGUGUUAUGGAAGAAAUUGAGGGUAGUGGAAUAAAGAUUUAUCCUUUACCAGAUUGUGAUAGUGAUGAGGAUGAAGAUUAUAAGGAGCAGGUUAGACAAUUAAAAGAAGCAGUUCCAUUUGCAGUAUGUGGAGCAAAUACUUUACUAGAAGUAAAAGGACGGAAAGUACGUGGACGAUUGUAUCCAUGGGGUGUAGUUGAAGUUGAAAACCCAGAUCAUUGUGAUUUUAUAAAGCUAAGAACAAUGCUAAUCACACAUAUGCAGGAUUUACAAGAGGUAACUCAAGAGGUACAUUAUGAAAACUAUCGCAGUGAAAGAUUAGCAAAAGGAGCUCCUGUUCCACCUCGCAGACAAACUAUUGUAGAAUCUGAAAAAAGUAACUCUGUAUCAGAAAAAGAUCGCAUUUUGCAAGAAAAAGAGGCAGAAUUACGACGUAUGCAGGAACUUUUGGCGGUAAUGCAGGCACAAAUGCAACAGCAGCAACCUUAACUACAUAUGCCUUAUGCACAAAUGUGUGAGGAAACAAUUUCUUCGCCAUUACAGGUGCCAAAAAAAAGAGUAUCAAAUAAUUUAUAAUAUUCAAGAUCAUAUUACUGAAGGAAUAAUUUUUUUAAAUUUAUUUUUUACAAACAUUUAUGAAGAAUAAGUUUUUCUACUCAGUAUUUUUUUUCCUUUUGAUACUAAGUCAUGAAUUUUAUCAUCUUGCAUUAUCUAAACAAAAUCAAAAAAUAAUAAAAUAUAUGAGUUUAUGGCUAUAUAACGACAUAAUAUGACUAUAGUUUAAAAAAUGAUUUAUAAUGAUACAACAUAGACAUAUGUGAUAAGUGCCUUGGAUAUUGUUUUUAAUAGAAAAAUUUACAGCUUUCAUUAUUCAAGUACAACUAUAAAAAAUAAUGCUCCACUUUAUAAAGUCAAAUUGUUAGAAAGGAAUGAUAUUUCUUAAAAUAACAAAGGCAGUACAAUUAAGAUUUGAUAAAGCAAAGGUAGUGAAAAGUAUAAUGUAACAGAACUUGCACAAUUCCUUCAACAUUGAAGAAUCUCAUUUAAAAAUAAAUAGGAAAUUUAAUAGGGCAUGGUAUGAAGUUAUUGAUAAAAAUUAUUUGUAUGAUACAUAUGUAACUCACUGAAAUGAAUUACAUUUUGCAGAUACAUUGAUCGAUAUUAAAAUCUGUAUGUGUAUAUCGUUUACACAGUAAAAUUAAUAAAAUACUAACGUAAAAUUGUUAGUAAAUUAUUCAGUAUAAUUAACAACUGCAAAAAU